AUGAACGACACGUCGUCGUCUUUGGGAAUCACAUUGGUCGUUGCAAGUGCUAGUGUAUUGCUGCUCUUUUGUCUAAUUGUCUUGUGUGCAAGCCAUUGGUGUAAUAAAUCUGAAGACGUUGGCAUUAAUUUGGUGGAUUUGCGCUCUUUUCAGCUUCGUGAGGAUUUGGUGGACACAACUUUAGAUGCAGGUUGCAGCGAAUGGCAAUGUAUAGUUUGUGCCCAUAUGAAUCAUCCAAACCACGAAACAUGCCUUCUUUGUGGUACGUCGGUUGAUUUCUCGAUGAUGGAAGAAACGAUUGAAGACCCAAGUACCCAUAAAAAGACACGAAUGGCCCGCACCACCUUUUUGGGUACCGACAACCACACAUUGCUUAGUUCCACGUUAUUAGAGAAUUUAACUACAAGUUUUAACUUAACGACAGAAAGUAAUGGCGAUAAUGAGUCGAGAAAAGGGUUGGAUACACUACACAAGGCCAAUACGUUGCCCAUUUUACUCAGCGACUCAUCCUUUGAAGACUCUACUGAAGAGAUCGAAGCUACUACGAGUAUGAGACAACGUGCACUGCGGUACCGACGAUUGAAUGAGAUGGAACUGAAUCAGAAACAACGAGGUGCAAGUCGAAGACGUUUAUGGCAACGUGUACCAUUAUCCAAUGGUGGAUUUGUGUGGGUCCGUGCCAUGGACACUAGUACUGAAACCACGGAUUCCUUUAUUUACAAAUUGCGCAACGCUUCAUUUUUAAGGAAAAAUUCCGGGUCAAAACAGUUGCAUGGUACCUUAGCGGAACAAUUGCAUCGAAAAAAUGCUGCGUCCAUGGGUUUUUUCACGGAACUUAAUGCAACUGGUACUGCUGUUUCGUGGCAUAAAAUGGACUCGAUUGCCCUUGAUAUUGUUGAUAAGAAUGAACCAAGUGGUACACGAGCAUUAGACUUCGAAGGUAUUCUUGCUAUGACAUGGCGAGAAAAGAAACGGUGGUUUCUAAAGCAAUUGACGCUUCUAGCUGUACCAUUUACUGUUUCUGUACUUAAACUUGAUGUACGUCGAAGUGCCAUAUUUGAAGAUUCUGUACCACAAUUAGCCGGACCGGAUGUCGAACUGUCGAGAAUGCAUGAACAUUUAAACAUUACAUUUAUAAAUGAACCUGCAUUAGAUGCUGGAGGCGUAUUACGUGAAUGGUUUGGAUUAAUUUGCCAAGACAUAUUUAGUGCUAAGCGUGGUCUCUUUGUGACAACACAUGCCGAAGAUUCGAGCUACUGGAUCAAUUCAGAGUCCUUGAAAUGUGUACAAGAGGAUCAAAAUCAUUUGCAGCUUUUUACAUUUGCUGGACGAUUGCUUGGGAAAGCCAUUUUAGAUGGUCUGGUGCUUGAAGUGAGUUUAUCGUUACCAUUGUUAAAGCAUCUACUUGGUGUACCAAUUACAUUUUCUGACUUGGAGUAUCUCGAUCAAGAACUUUUUAAACACUUAUGUUGGGUACGAGAUCAUGAUAAUGUUGAAGAUUUAUGUGUGACGUUUAGUCUUCAGACUCCAUCGGGAGAGACGGUCGAGCUUAAACCUGAUGGUGAAAAUGUCGAUGUGACGGAUGAAAACAAGAUGGAGUAUCUUAUGCUUGUUUUACGAUAUCGAAUGCUCGAUAGUGUAUCGGAACAACUUACAGCAUUACUUAGAGGGCUCUACGACGUCAUUCCAAAGGCACUACUAACAAUUUUUGACUAUCAAGAGCUUGACUUUUAUCUCACGGGAUUGCCAACUUUAGAUGUGAUCGAUUGGCAAAACAAUUGUCGUAUUCGACAUGCAACUCUUGAUAGCGAGUCGGAUGAAAUGGAGCGAGAAAUUGAGGUGAUUGAGUGGUUUUGGGAUGUCGUUGGGUCAUUCACAGACGAGCAGCGAGCUCGUUUAUUACAAUUUGCUACUGGAUCUUCUCGUGUUCCUGUAGAGGGAUUUCGAGCACUUACAAGUGCUAGUGGAAUUGUUAAUCCAUUCACCCUGCAGAUGGUACCGCUCGGUACACCUCCGCUUGGACUGUGUCCACGAGCUCAUACGUGCUUUAAUCGCAUUGAUUUGCCCAUUUACGAAAGUAAAGAAGAUUUAUACACAUAUCUUUCUCUGGUCAUUCAAAUGGAAAUUACUGGAUUUGGUUUUGAGUAA